CGAAACCCUGCUCUGAAACCGAAGUUAAUACUGAAACUAAUGCUGUCGGUGCUGUCGAUGAUGCCACGUGUAAACAUCCUCGUGAUGAUGAACAGUGCUCGCCAGCUUCAAAGCGGAGUAAAUCAUCGGAUGAAGGUUCAUCAGACGCUGUUCUGUUACCUCCACAUCAACUAGAAGCCGUAUUGUAGUCUUCGAUAUUGAUUGUACACUUUGUAAAUUUUACGUGAUGCAGGAAGAAGAAGAAAUCAUUAGAAAAAGCUUUCCGGAAUGCCCGAUAAUUGUUUGGAAUGAAGAGUACGAUUGGACAACACGCACUGAAAGACAUCCGCACGUAUUUCUACCUCACCUGAAAAUUUUAUUCGAUUACUUAUUGGAGCAAGGCGUACGAAUCGUCUUUUUUUCUGCUAAUCGCAAUGAGGAAAGAAAUCUAAUAGUCAUUCCAGAACUACUUACGUCCUUCUGGGGUAGUGAGAAAUUUGAAGCCCUGAAAGCCAAAGGACAAUUUGACAUAUUUUCUUUUACACAUUUGCGUAAAGGAACUCGUGGCGAAGGAAACUUUGUAAAAGAUUUAAAAGUAGUUAUUCGAGACGGCGAAACGAUAUUAGACGCCAUCUUAGUAGAAGAUGACCCUAGUUUUGCUGCUCAUGAUCAGAGACCAUGUUUAUUAAUCAUAGAUUUAGUUUUCUGGCGCAUAAAGGAUAAAGACGAGGUAGAUAAAAAUAAAGGGCAAUGUGGUAUGUGGCGGGGAAAAAGUAGCAAUUUUUGUUUGAAUAGUGUUUACUACAUGCUCGGUGUGUUCAAGACUUAUUUUGGAAAUGAAAAAUACAAAGUGUUGCCUUUAAGAGAAGGUUUGAAUCAGCUUAUACCUAAGGAAGCACACGAAAGCGCUUGCGAUUUUUUUGAGAAACAUUCGUUUGCCGAUGAUAUGAUCAAUUUAGGAUUAUCAGAGGUACAGAAACUGGUACCUGAUGCCGUGUAUUAUUGAUAAUAAGUAAUAUCUGUAAUUCUUUGUUGAUUUCUAUAUUUUAGGUACGUAUUCUAUUCUUAAGAAUGUACUUGUACAAUUGUAAAUACAUCGAAAAUGUGUUCAAAGAAACUAUUGUUGACUGAAUAAAGUGAUUACUUGGGGUGAUAAACAAAUGAUUUUAUUUUUGUAGCAUUUUUGUGCACUUUCUAACAAGGGAACCUCUCGAGGAGUACACCUCUAAUUUGAACUGAAAGGAGCGUAGUCUGAUAUGCCGGUAACUCAAAUUUCAGUUCUCAAAAUUGAUUUGUUUAUGAUUCGAUUUGACCGUUUUGUACAAUUUGGGCAUGUGUUUUGUUUUGUGCUGAAAGUGGUCUGUUAGCAGCUUAUCUGCUACAUUGUAUAUUUUUAUCUCGUUCUCUCGCUCUCUUUCGUUUUCGUUCGGUUGUAUCCGAUAUUUUCGUAAGUAUUUACCUAUUUACGAUCUUGUUCGAUGUUUUUACUCCAUUCGUUGUAUCUAUGUACGUGUAUGUGCAUAAUUGUGUGCAUAAUGUCGAAAUAUGAUCGAAUUAUACUGUUUGAUCGUUUUUGUGUUCGUUUUUUAAUUUUAUCGUGUGUAUUCACGAAACAAUGGUCCUCCGAGCCGGAUAUCUAAUUGCCGGUAACAAUUUAAUUCGUAAAUUUUCGUAAAAUUUGUUGUUUUGGUGUUCGUUUUGGACCAAAUAUGGUCAAGUUUUCACAAGAAAAAUCGCAUUCGUAAGUUGAACUGAUUAUUUUUCGUUCGUAAUUCGAAAGUUAUUCGUUAUUAUCGUUCGUUUCGUCUCGAAUAAUUCGAAUAGUUGUUCGUUUCAUCAUGUCGACUGAAAUUGAGAAGAAAAAGAAAAGUUUGACUCGAGAGAAAAGGGUCAUUACAUUGGGUGUGACCAGAGAUGCUGCCACAGUUUCAAGUUUAUUAUCCCAGAACCCUUCUUCUACAGUAGUGAACCAACUCCAUGCCUAUAUGGACUCAUGGAAAGAUGGCCUUGGGAAGUUGAAAUUAAUCGAUGACCAAUUUAUGGAUCUUAUUGAUGACAGCAAAACCAUCGAAGAAAUCACUGCCGAAGAAGUGAAAAUUCUUCACGAUUACGAGACAUGGCGAACCAACUUUCACAAAAACAUGGGUAAAGUGAAAACAUUCGAGUCAAAACUUGCUCCAAAGCCUCAGCAACCUCAAACUACUCGUCGCUCGACCAAUUUGUUCGAUAAUACGUUGGUAAAUCCUAUCUUGAAACUUCAAGAUAUACCAGUACCGAAUUUCGAUGGUAAUUAUGCUUCGUUUCCUGACUGGUGGGCAGAAUUUUCUUCGAUGAUUGAUUCCAACGAAACCUUCGAUAAUUUCCAAAAACUCUUUCUGCUCAAGCGGUGCAUGGUUGGUAAAGCCGAGAAGUUGCUAAAAGAUAUUGGGAAUGGUGGUGAAGUUUACCAAUCCACCUUGGCAGAUUUGUAUAAGGAGUUUUUUAAUCGUCGUCGCAUUAUCUCCGAGCAUUUUGCCAACCUAUUCGACUUGCCACCAAUCAAAAAUUCUACAAUUCGUGAUAGUGUAGAUUUAGUUCGAAGGUGUUUACGUGGGUUGCGAGUAUGCGGAUUGGAGCCAGAAAAAAUGUCUCCAAUGGUCGCUUUUUGGGUCGCGAAAAAAUUGCCAGACAACCUCCGUCGUGACUGGGAAAAUCAGAACCAUGAUUUUUCCACAUAUCCCUCAUUCGAAUCUAUGGCAACCUUUUUGAUCAAUCGGAGUUUUUCUGUGGAAACCAGUAAUGUCGAUAAACCAGAGAAAGAAAAACCAAAUUCGAGUUCCAGUGUUGGUGGAAAAUCCGUCAAAGGCAAUAAAGGUUCGUCUGGUCCAGAUAAAAGAUCGUUCAUCGCUUCGCCAACUUCUCCAGCCCCUCCAAAGUGCAUUUUAUGUGAUGAAGUGCACUACCUGAAUCAAUGUCGCAGCUUUUUAAGCAAGAAUGUUUCGGAAAGGUUUGAAAUUGUAAAAUCGUAUAAAUUAUGUUUGAAAUGUUUUAAUGCUAACCAUACUGUGUCGAAUUGUAAAUGGAAAAAUUGUAAUCGUUGUCGUGGUAAUCAUAAUACGUUGCUACAUAGGGAAUAUUCGUCAGGGUCUGUUGGUGGUAAUGGACAAAAUUUCGGUUCAAAUUUGUCUCAUUCCGGUGCUAGUAAUGGUCCAUCUGGACAAAGUGGUUCUACUGGGUCAACAGGUCAAAAUGUUCCUCCUAGUGGCCAACAAGGGUCAAUUGCUAUGACAAAUUGUGCUUUGUCAUCGAAUAAGACUGUAUUUUUGUCAACUGCAGUAGUGAAAAUUCAAGGCCCAAAGGGUAUCGAAAAGGGUAGAAUUUUUUUUGAUCAGGGUUCGGAAGUUUCAUUAGUGACUAGGGAAUUUUGCAAUCGUGCAAAAUUGAGUUUAAUCCGUUCUGAAGAGCCUACUGUCUUGUUUGGCAUCCAUAAUGACUCAAAAACUUUGGAAUACGGUACUCAAUUUGUGAUAAAAUCUCGUCUGUCUGAUUUUAGUAUUGCUGUUUCAGCAGAAGUAGUUGAUAAAAUACCCUAUAGUGUAAAUCGAAGUGAUGUGAAAAGUGUUUUGGGCAAUUUUCCUUAUCAAUUUGCCGAAUCAUUAGAUUUACCUUAUAAUACGGUUGAUGUACUUUUAGGCAGUGAAUAUGUUGAGUUCGUUUUGAAGGAGAAACGUUAUUUCUUUGAAGGUCUAUGCCUUAGAGAUUCUCAUUUUGGAUUUGUUAUCUCUGGUUCUGCUAGAAAAACUACAUUUUUUUCGGAAAAGGCUUCGUUCAGUUCUUUUUGUGGGUUGUCAAAUAAUGAUUUAUCAGAUCAAUUUGAUCGUUUUUGUCGUAUAGAAAAUAUCUCAGAUCUCGAUGAAACAAAAAAUGAAACUAUCGUAGAACAUCGUUUAAUUCGUGAACAUUUUGAUAAAACCUACUCUCGUGACAAAAAUGGUAGAUUUAUAUUGCGCCUACCUGUUAAACCUACAGUAGUAAAUUUGAAAGGGUCGUUUCAUAAAGCUAAGAUUAUGUUGUUAAAAUCUGAGCGUUGUAGGUCUGAAUUAAUUCGUAAAGCAUAUUGUACUUUCAUGUCCGAAUAUGAACAUUUGAAUCAUAUGUCGAAAUUGAAUAAUUUUAAUGGUAAUUGUGAUACUGAUAAUGUUUAUUAUAUUCCUCACCACAUCGUAAAGAAAGAAACUAGCUCGACAACGAAAUAUCGAGUCGUUUUCAACGCUUCUAGUAAAGACGAGUCGAAUACCUCGUUAAAUGACCAUUUAUAUGAUGGUCCUGUUAUUCAGCCAGAGCUUUUUACUAAUGUUAUUUGCUUUCGUGAUUUUAUUAUCGCAUUUGCUGCUGAUAUCGAGCAUAUGUAUCGUCAAAUUUUAAUGCAUGUCGAAGAUCGAAAAUACCAACGAAUCGUUUGGCGUUACAAUAGGUCCGAUCCUAUUGAAACUUGUGAAUUGAACACGUUAACGUAUGGCACAAAACCUGCCGCGUUUUUGGCUACGUAUUGUUUGGAAAAAGUAGGUAUCUCAAUUCAUGAAAAAUCUCCUCGUGCUGCUAAAUCUAUUCGUUCUCAUUUUUAUAUCGAUAAUUUAAUGACAGGUGCUGAUAGUGUUGAGGAAGCUAUUGAGCUACAAAAAAUUAUACACGAUACGUUGCAAAAUUUUGGAUUUCCUUUGAGAAAAUACAUGAGCAAUUCAACUGAAGUUUUGAAACAAAUUGAUUCGUCGUUAAUCGAGCCGCUGAAUUCGCGUAUUUUAGGCGGAGAUUCGUUCAUUUAUGUACUUGGUUUAGUGUUGUGUCCGAUACCAGACACUUUGCAUGUAAUGCUAAAUCUCGAUACGUUACCUAAGCAGAUAACGAAACGAAUAAUGUUGUCCGAUGUAUCUAAGGUAUUUGAUGUACUCGGCAUGUUAUCACCUGUUACUGUGAAGGCGAAAAUUUUGUUGCAAGAAUUAUGGCGAAUCGCGAUUGAUUGGGACGAUCCGAUAUCGUCAGAAAUCGAAAAUGAAUUUUUGGCUUAUCGUUCGGAAUUAGAAAAGUUGAAAAAUUUCGCCGUACCUCGGUUGUAUUGUUCUAAUGAUGGUAUCGUUUCGAAGCGUCUCAUUGGUUUUUCUGACGCGUCUACGCGUGCUUAUGCAGCUGUAGUGUACAUGCAAUGUAUUGAUAAUUUCGGUAAUAUUAUCAACGCGUUCGUUUGCGCUAAAACUCGUAUCAAACCUCUCAAGGAAAAUAAUAUACAUCGGUUGGAAUUACUUGGUGCUCUUUUGUUGGCUAAUUUAUUGAAUCGUAUUUGUAAUGACUUGAAAUUUGAUCGUUCGAAAAUGUUUGCUUUUUGUGAUUCUCAAGUAACUCUAUGUUGGAUUAAUCAUCCUAUCUCAAAAUUAAAACAGUUUGUUUCGAAUAGGGUGGAAAAAAUUACCGCAAUAAUACCCAGUAAUCGUUGGUAUUAUAUUGAUACAAAAAGCAAUAUCGCUGACUUGGCAACUCGCGGCAUUUCUGCUGAAAAUUUAUUGAAAAAUAAUUCGUGGCUAAAUGGUCCAACAUGGUCUGACAAUGAUUUUAAAACUAUUACCUCGACAUCGUUCAAAAGUACUGAAAAGGUACUUGAAAUAUAUGAUAUGUUGAUAUGCUUUAACAUAAGCACUAAUGAAGUCAUUCCAUUGUUGAUUUUGAAUCGAAAUUCAUCUUUUUUGAAAAGCAUUGGUGUUAUGGCCUAUGCAAUUCGUCUUUUAAUUAACGUAACCACGAUUAAAGAUAAAUUUGUGAACAAUUUGAUCGAAGUUCCAAAGACUAAAUUAUUAACCCUCGAAGAACGUGAUAUUGCCUUGCAUGUGCUUAUUCAUUUUGCUCAAAUGGAACAUUUUCGAAAAGAGUACAUUGCUCUCAUUAGUCAAAAACCAAUUUCCCAACGUAGUCCUUUACUUUCGUUGAAUGCUAAAAUUUUUCAUCAAAGGGAUAAUCUGAUUCGCGUAAGUGGUCGAUUAGAGGCCUCAAACUUUUCCUUUGAAUUGAAACAUCCUAUUAUUUUGUCGAAAAAUUCUCGUUUUUUGGAACUUUUUAUUGAGCAUAUUCAUCGAAAAUAUUUUCAUGCCUCAAAAUCGUUUUUAUUGAAUUUUGUUCGUAGCAAAUUUUGGAUCGUCGGAGGUGCAUCCUCAAUAAUAAAAAAGGUGCUUCGAAAAUGCAUCCUUUGUACUCGUGAAAAUGUUACUCAAGUUCGUCAAAUUAUGUCUGAUUUACCUCGCGAACGUGUUACUAUUUCAAGGCCAUUUACUACUACUGGUGUGGACUUCUCAGGCGCAUUUCAAGUGAAAUGCACAAACCAUCGUUCGACAAAAUUUAAUAAAGUAUACGUUUGUUUUUUCGUCUGUUUCGUUUCACAUGCUGUGCACAUAGAGUUGGUUGAAGACAUGACGACUGAGUCAUUCCUUGCUGCUCUCGAACGUUUCGUAAGUCGACGCGGACUUCCUAACACCAUUUAUUCAGAUAAUGGUUCAAAUUUUAUCGGUGCCUCGAAUGUCUUAUCACAUUCUCAAAAAUUGUUGAAUUUUGCGAAUCUAAAUUCGAUUCGUUGGCGUUUUAUUGCUCCGCGAAGUCCACAUCAGGGUGGUAUUUGGGAGGCUGCAGUCAAGGCCGGAAAAGCUUGCCUGUUGAAAGCUAUACGUUACCUUAAUGCCAAAUCCGAGUAUGUCCAAAAUUUUCAAUUUUUUGAUUUUGGUAUCACUGAAAAGCUGACGCUCAGCCGAAUCUAGUGAAAUAAAUGAUAAACCUUAUAAUUAUUAUGAAAAUAUAAAAAAAUUGAAUUUAAAUAAAUUUUAAACAUUGAGUAUGUCCAUUUAGAAGCUAAAAGCGAGUAUGUCCAUUGAGUAUGUCCAUUAAAAAUAAAACCAUCAAUGAUUGUGUUCCAGCUUGUUAAUCAUCUCGUACGCCCAGAGAUGGAAUCGAUUAUAAUCGAUGCUACAUCGAUGAUUUUCUUCAAAAUAAUCGGAAAUAAUCGAUUAAUCGAUCGAUUAAUCGACGGCGAUUAAUCGGCCGAUUAAUCGACGGCCAAACACAGCAAAACAUGACGUCAUGCGGAACGAUCGGUACCUUGGCCCAUUGCAACUUAACCAUUGACCAAUGAAAAAGCCUGAAAUAUUAGUACAAUAUAGGUAGCGCCAAGCUUCGAUUAAUCGGCCGAUUAAUCGAUGCUGUCCGAUUAUUUUAAUCGGCCGAUUAUAAUCGACUAUAAUCGAUUAUAAUCGGUAAUCGUUCCAUCUCUGCGUACGCCAGACAACUGGUUUCAUAGAUCAGGGUAGAGCCCUGCGCCGCCGCGCCGCGCCGCCGCCGCCACCGAUUUUUCAAACAUUUUUCAAGCCGCCGCCGCCGUUUCAAAAAUUACUUCAGCCGCCGCAGCCGCCGCCGAGUAAUCUGCUCGGCUGAGCCGGCUCAACUCACUCAAUCAGCAAAUUUCAGGAGGAUUUUUCGAAUAUUUUGACUUUUUCAAAAACAAAAAUCAAAACUUUUCGUCAUUAAAAACAGCCAAUCUUUUCAGCUCGGAAAAAAUUGGUAUUUUCAUUUGAGAAGUUGAAUUUGAUUUUGCUUUCCAAUUUUUAUUUUGGGGUAAUUUUAAAAUUUAUGAAAAAUUACCCCAAAAUUUCAACUUUGUAGCCGGCUGAGCCGCCGCCGAGCAAAAUUUUGGCAGCCGCCAAGACCUUCGGCUGGAAUCGGCUCCGCCGCCAGCCACAGUGCUGCGCGUACUGUAGCCGCCGCCGAUCAUUUCACUGUCGGCGCAGGGCUCUAGAUCAGGGUAAAUAAAUUAGUACCUAAUCCGCAUUACAAAAUAAUUAUUCUAAACAGAACUCAAUGAACUCAUUGUGACUGCAAGAUGAUAGUGAUAACACAGUUGACCACCUUCCGUAAUUUUGAUCUUCGAGAGCUUUCAAACGGUUGAAGGAACAGCUUUCGAUAAACAACCAUUUUAAAGAGGAUAAAAUUACGAACAUUUUGAUACAUUAAAAUACCUAUGUGUCCACUCAAAACGUUCAGUAAUUUCAGUUUGAAGUUCAAUACUUGCAGCUUGCAGCUCUUUUUCGCAACUUCAAACUUCGAAAACUUUUGAACGGUUGCAUGUAGAGCUUUCGGUAACAGCUCAUUUUCAAGAGGGUGAAAAUCCGAACAUUUUGCUGUAUUAAAAUACCUAUGUGUCCACUGAAAAUUUCGAGUAUUUUUAGUUUAAAGAUGACGUACGUAGUAUGCAAAAAUCAGUAAAAUAGAAGUACUCAUUAAAUCGUUAAUUUUACGCGAAAUGAUAAAAAUUCAACACCAAUCGAAUAAGAAUUUCAUUGUCUUUAAUUUAAGACUGCAUAACAGUUCACCCAUACCCGAAAUUCAUAAGAAAUUUGGGACAUACUCGGAUUUCAAUUCGUAACAACAUGGACAUAUAGAAUCAAAACCUGAGUAUGUCCAUCACCGCUUGAAAAACAUUUAAUUACACGUACUAAAUUGAGAAAUUUUACAAAUGUAGCUCAGACAAUCUCUUCAUUAGAGAUUGAGCUAUCAUACUUCAAAAUUUUACUACUUCAUAUCCCCUCCAUUUGUUUUUAUCAUCUUUCAAACUUUCAAUUUCCUCUCCUGAAAAAUUCACGUUCUUGGACAUACUCGGAUUUGGCAUUAAGGUAACGUAUUGGUAACCAAACGUUGAAUUUCUCAGAAUUCAAUACUGUUCUUUCGAAGAUCGAAGCUAUACUGAAUUCGCGACCAAUUUCGUACCGUAAUGUGAACCAAGAUUUAGAGCCGUUGACCCCAGGUCAUUUUUUAGUAGGUGGUUCGUUGCUAGAGACUCCUAUUUCUGACGAUCAUUCGAUCAAAUUAAAUUCUCGUUUUCGUUUAUGGAGAAAUAUUGUGGAUUCGUUUUGGCAAUCUUGGCGUCAUGAUUACCUAAAUCAACUUCAAACUAGAUUUAAAUGGAAGGAAAAAUUUCCUAAUUUGAAGGUCGAUGAUGUUGUCUUAGUUAAUUCGCCUAAUGAGCGUUCGAUGUAUUGGCCUUUAGGACGAAUUAUUGAAGUUUUUCCAGAUAAAGAAGGCGUUGUACGUAAUGUGAUGGUUAAGACAAAGGAUGGUAUCUUUAAAAGAGCUGUUCAAAAAUUAGUACUUUUACCAGUCAAUGACUGAGAUUUUCGUUUUGAUGUUUUAAUUUGAUAAUUACUUCGAUGUAAUUAGUUUAUAUGUACUUAGUUGUUCAUGAUAUUUUUCUUAAAUUUUUAUGACAAUUUUGUAUACUUUUUAGUAUUAAUUUAAUUUUCUCGGAUUUGUAAAUAUGUUUUCUCUCUCGAUUUUGUCAAUUUAUUCACUGAUUUGUAAUCAUUUUCUCGAUUUUGUGAUAACUUGCAUACUCGAUUUUGUCAUUUUUUUUAUUUUAUUUUCAUUUUUUAUUUUAUUUUUUUUACUGCACUUUCUUCAUGGACCAAAUUUGGCCCAUGGGGGGGAGUUUGUUAGCAGCUUAUCUGCUACAUUGUAUAUUUUUAUCUCGUUCUCUCGCUCUCUUUCGUUUUCGUUCGGUUGUAUCCGAUAUUUUCGUAAGUAUUUACCUAUUUACGAUCUUGUUCGAUGUUUUUACUCCAUUCGUUGUAUCUAUGUACGUGUAUGUGCAUAAUUGUGUGCAUAAUGUCGAAAUAUGAUCGAAUUAUACUGUUUGAUCGUU